GCCCCGACCCCCCCCCCCGCCGGGCCAUGGAGCGGUACCGGGGGCUGACGGACACCGAGCUCAUCGCCAUGCUGCAGCGCUACGGCAUCGCGCACGGGCCCGUCGUGGGAUCGACCCGGAAGCUGUACGAGAGGAAGAUCUGCGAAUACGAGAGCCAGCGCACCAAGCUAUCGUCCCCAGGGGGGGCUGGGGGCUACUCAGAUCCCGGCACCACUGAGACCUACAUCCGGGAAUCUUACAGCUACCCCCGGCAUGAGGAGCGGCGCCGCUAUGGGGCAGAUGACUCCAGCCACACCACGACGUACACGCGGGAGCUGUAUGAUUUCCCUCGUCGUGAGGGUCGCACCGGCUACCUGGGCGAUGACAUGGACACCGAGUCCUACGAAGAAUCUUCCUCCUCCUCCUCCUCCUGGCUCUAUGGGGCAGCCCCAGGUCCCCUGGGGGAAGCCACUGCCCGCCAGCCGAUCGGAGAGGCCGCGUCCUACACCCCGAGCAGGUCGGAGGAGACCGAGAGGGACGGCGUCUCCUACCAGCGGGUCUGCCAGGCUCGCCCGGCCCCGCCCCCCAUGCGGGUGGAGCCGCGCCGGGCCAUCCACCCCCUGCCCCGCGGGGGGCCGGGCGGGGCCGCAGGGGGAGGCUCCCGGCGCUUCCUGCCUCUCUGGCUUCAGCUGCUGCUCUUCGGGGUGCUCGCGGCCUUCCUGGUCUACGUGUACUGCGCCCUGCAGGGCGGCGCCGACGACAACCCGUUCGCGCUGCACCACGAGGAGUGAGGGGGCGCCCGGCCUGUCCCCUCUAUGGGCCCACGACCCAUUGCCCUGCCCCCCGACGCCCACAUCCAGUCUCUCAGCCCCCCCAGGGGCCCACGUCCCAUCUCCUGGCCCCCCUGUCCUGUCCCCCUCCUCCCCAGGCACCCCCAGGGGCCCACGACCCAUUGCCCUGCCCCCUGAUGCCCACGUCCCGGUUCUCAGCCCCCCUGUCCUGUCCCCUUCCUCCCCAGGCACCCACGUCCCAUCUCUCAGCCCCCGUCCUGUCCCCCUCCUCCCCAGGCACCCCCAGGGGCCCACGUCCCAUCUCUCAACCACCCAUCCUGCUCAGGGAUGGUUAUUGGUGAGGGGCUCCACAGCUGCCCCCACCUCCAGUAGGGCGGGGUCCCUGCUGGCGCCUGGUGUGUUUACGUAGGGCCUAUGCUAAGUGCCUCCCGGCUCUGCCCUGACCUGUGCCUACCCCAUUCCCCCAGGGGUUAACACUAUGGUGGGGGGGGGCGAGGGUCCCAACACACACUGCAGCUCCUGCCUAAUCCAGGAUCAUCUCUGCCCCUCCCAUGCUCCUCUCCACGCUCCCCCCUGGAGCUCUUCUCCCCCUCCCCCUCCCCCACCCUGGAGUCGUUCCACUCCUUUUUUGGGGGGGCAGGGAAACUCGACUGCUUCCCCUCCCCCCAAGUGUCAGGGGGGGCUGUUGCCUCCCCAGGGGAAUCGGUGACCAAGUGGUGCUGGUUAGGUUUUGCUUUUGUAAUCUGCUUGGGCAGGUGGUGGUGGAGCAGGGUCUGGGGGGGGGCGGGGGUCGCUGCAUUUUCCUAGCCAAGGGGUUUGCUUUUGAAACAAACCAGCCGUGUGGGAGCCACUCAAUAAAAUUGGGGCUUUUUUUGGU